CGGGGCGCCAUUUCUAAUACACACAGACACUAGUUACAGGCAGCCUGCUCGUUUACUGCGUUGAAAUCAUUCAAAGAACAUCCAAAAUCUUGUGCCAUAUUCAGUUUGAUUCAUUCUUACUAUCUACUAUUCAUCCAGCCAACGUGUGAAGAUGUUUUACACCUGUGGGCCCAAUGAGGCAAUGGUUGUGUCAGGUUUCUGCCGCUCUCCACCGGUCAUGAUCUCUGGUGGAAGAGUGUUUGUUUUCCCGUGCAUCCAGCAGAUUCAAAGAAUCUCUCUGAACACUCUGACUCUGAAUGUUAAAAGUGAUAAAGUCUACACACGUCAUGGAGUGCCCAUCUCUGUCACUGGAAUUGCACAGAUGAAGAUUCAAGGGCAGAAUAAGCAGAUGUUGGCUGCAGCAUGUCAGAUGUUCAUGGGAAAGUCAGAGAGUGAGAUUGCCCAUAUAGCCUUGGAAACACUGGAGGGACACCAGAGAGCCAUCAUUGCUCAUUUGACUGUGGAGGAGAUCUACAAAGACCGUAAGAAGUUCUCGGAGCAGGUGUUCCAGGUGGCCUCAUCUGACCUUGUCAACAUGGGCAUCAGCGUGGUCAGCUACACACUUAAAGACGUUCAUGAUGACCAGGAUUACUUGCACUCUUUGGGAAAGGCCCGUACAGCACAGGUGCAGAAGGAUGCUCGUAUCGGGGAAGCCAUGAACAAAAGAGAUGCAGUGAUCAGGGAAGCCCAUGCUAUGCAGGAGAAGGUAUCUGCUCAGUACAUGAAUGAGAUUCAGAUGGCGAAGGCUCAAAGGGACUAUGAGCUGAAGAAGGCUGCUUAUGACAUUGAGGUCAACACCAAAAAAGCUGAGUCUGAGAUGGCCUACCAGCUACAGGUGGCAAAGACAAAGCAGCGGAUUGAGGAGGAGAAGAUGCAGGUUUUGGUGGUGGAACGAUCACAGCAAAUCACACUCCAGGAACAGGAGAUUACACGCAAAGAGAUGGAACUGGAGGCCAAAGUCAAGAAACCAGCUGAUGCUGAGCGAUACCGCCUCGAGAAACUGGCAGAAGCUGAACGUCUUCAGCUCAUUAUGGAGGCAGAGGCUGAAGCUGAAUCCAUUAGAGUCAGAGGAGAGGCUGAAGCAUACGCUGUGGAGGCUAAAGGUCGUGCAGAUGCAGAGCAAAUGGCAAAGAAGGCUGAAGCGUUCCAGCAUUACAAGGAAGGAGCAAUGGUGGACAUGUUGCUGGAGAAACUGCCACUGAUGGCAGAGGAGAUUAGUAAGCCUCUGACAGCUACCAAUAAGGUCACCAUGGUGUCCAGCGGAGGUUCAGAAAUUGGCGCAGCCAAGUUGACAGGGGAAGUGCUGGAUAUCAUGACCAAACUGCCUGAAACCAUCGAGAAACUGACUGGUGUCAGCAUUUCCCAGGUGGCCCGCACUGGUUAAACCCACCUCUUCUUCAACAGAGCUAUGACUUUUAUGCUGUAGGCCUAUGCAUGCCUCACUAUUUUUCCCUCAAUAUAUUUUCAUUGCUCCUUUUCUCUUUUUAAAAAAAAAAUAAUUCUCUUCUAUCUCUGUAACCUUUUUAUGUACCUCUUUCUCCAUUUAUAUCUAUCUUCCACACUGCAUCUUUUUUAUCUUGUCCAUCUAACUCUCUCUCUAGCACUGCCUGUCCUUUUUGCCUUGUUGCCAUAACCCAAAGUGCAUUUUAAUCUAUAAGUCCAGAGAAGAAGAAUGCUGUUCUUAAUACUUUUAUUCUGAUGUCUUUAUGAGUAAAGGUUCGUUUCAAGUGAGCUUUUUAACGAAACAAUGGAUUCCUAUGGCGCUAUUCACACCGAGUCCGACAAAUCGUACUCUGAUAUUCCGAAGGUUUUUUUUUAUCGGAGAGUGGUUCUAUAUUUUUUCUUCGGACUGCGAUGAGAUCAGAACUUUUUGUCAUUUUUCCAGAGUCGCUGCAGCUGCUCAAUCCAGUGCGUUGGUGGCGCAAAUCAACUGGCAAACUCCGGCAUUCGACGUGCAGCUGAUACACACCCCCGGAAAUUAUAAACUUUAAAAUAAAUCGUUGCAGUUUGUGAACCCUUUGUACUGCAAACAUAAGCCCGGUCUGUUUUUGAAAGUCUGCUUAUGGCUUUUUUGUCUUAAUGUACAUUAUUUAAUAUGUACGUAUAUCACUGUGCCUGUUAUAUUCUCAUGGCAUCAAAAAUAGCAGUGAGGUUCGGCAAUUCAUUUGCGCUAAGCUAGUAGUAAAAUAUCUCGUAAAAAGACUCAAUAGAGAUGGGGAAAAAAUAUCGAUAUGUUAAGAUAUCGUGAUAUUUUUCCUUGUGAUAUUGUUUUGAUAUUUGCACGUCAAAUAUCGAUAUUAAUAUUACAAUUUUUCCACAUGACCUAACCACAAAAAUAAGGAGCCAUUAUGGUCUUAUAUGCUUAUGGCUUUGCAUUGUACAUAGAUAUUAGGAAAUAAAUUGGCCUUGAUUUGUAAAUUGGCACUUUUAUAUUAAUUGAACAAUGCAUUUGGUGAUUUGGAAACCAAAGUUGACUUAAGUCCGAUGAAGACAAAUGAGAAACAUUGAGUGAAAUAUUGCAAAAUAUUGUAGUUUUGAAUUGUGAUACACCUAAAAUAAAGAAUCGUGUCAUGGCCUAAAUAUCGAUAUUAUGUCGUAUCGCCAGUUACCUUGUGAUUCCCACCCCUACUUUACAUGCAAUAUAAUGCAGAACCACACAGCUAUUUUCAUUGCAUGGAAAAUACAACAAAAUGUAAUAAAAACAAGCAACUACAACAGCAUGUGUUGAUGCCAAUCAGUAACUGAUGCUGUUGUAACUGUUUCUGAAGGUUGAAUAGGAUAUACUUUCACUUUUCCUCAAGGUUGUAUUUUAAUGGUGUCGGUAUUAGUUUGACAGUUUAACAGAAACUUAUUGGAAUUAUUGCGGUUAUCUGCUUCAAAUGGUACAAUGCUCAGUUCAGUGGAAAACUGAAGAUACUGCCAAUUAUGUCAGAUCAUGUUUCCAGUGUAUAAGGAAACUGAACUUAUUUAUAUGUAAUGUGAGACAAGUUAUAGGUUAGUAAUGACUGUAUAAGAGGUUAUUUAUUUUGUAUCAUUUAAAGAAUUUUCAUUCAUGAGUAAAUGGUUGCAUUACAUAUAAGUUUGGACUGAAAGUCUUAUACCAGACCAUUUUGGGAAUUAUCAUCACUUUUGUCGGUCACUAGGACUAGAUGUAACAGGGAAACUUAUUGUGUAACAGUGUUUAAGUUGAUUUUGCAUUCAUUUCAGUGGUCAAUUCAGCACUUUUGCAUGCUUGACCAAAUUAUUUAUUUCCCUUUUUUUAUAAUUAAAAAAUUAUUUUAACACCCUUAAUGUGGUGUUUUGUUUGUAAUGAUAUAGUAUCUAAUAUGUUGGUUAUGCUACAUAUGGUACCUAGUUCUUUGAUUAUAUAAUCAUAAACAUUAUAAGUAAUUGUGAUGAAUUUCCAUUUUCUUCAAAUGUCUAAAUGUCAGACUCAUUACAAUAUAUUUAAGCUACUUGUGUUGACACUAAAAACUGUUAUUAUUUUUUCUUUUCAUGACAGAGACAUUUCACAAACACUAAUUAUAAAAGUAGCACUAACAUUAUGCUAUGGUACUUUUAUAGAUAGUUGUAGCAAAGAAAACUGAACUAACACAUUUAUGACACUUUUUCUUAUUUUUCUUUUCUUAUUUAUUUUCACAAUCUUCUUUUUAAUCUUCUUGACUAAUAUUUUGUAAAUGAAGUGAGAUGCAUCCCUUGAAGGCUGAAGAUGUCCAUUUAUUAUUGGUGGGCAGAAUAUACAUAUUUAUGCAUAUACAGUAAUGUUUCGAUAGAUGUAGCGUGCCAGGGCAUUAGUUAGAACUAUUGUUAUGCUGUGUAGGCUAGUGCUGUUAUGGUAGUUUGUUGAAGAAACACUUGUCAAAAUAUUUUUAAUUUAUACAUUAUAUGCUUUUUUUUUCUUUCUUCAAUUCUGUACUAUCUAUACAAAUCACUUGUUCCUAAUCACCAGUUUUAAAUGUUAUGAUUUUAUCUGCUUCAAUGCAUGCAAAUGCAAACAAACCAAAUCCACUCUAAAGAUACUAUUUAUGCUUAUGAUGCCUUAAACUAACCUCAAGACAACAAUAAACAUUUAUUUCAAUAAUGAAACCAAAUUUUUCUGUCUAAAUGUAUUAAAAAUCAUUUUAAUACAAAUAACGAACAGGGUGUUUUGACCUGUGGUAACAGUGAAAAUUUGCUUUCUCAAUUUAAGUGCACCAGUGAUUCAGGGACACGAGACAAAGUUUACCUGGAGUAAUAUCAUUUACAUUUGAACACAUACAGCCAGAGAAGCUAUUUGAAAUGCAGUCACCUAGGCCUAUUC